AUACUCGGCGUUUUCUUGGGCAUGUUUGUUGAGCGUCUGCAUCUUGUGUCAGACACUGUACGGAUAGACGGCGGGAUCUAAAUAAAUCUCGGACACAGCUUCCUGUUCGCUCAUUAUUAAUCCGAAAGUAUGACGUCUCGGUCGAGGCCUUGGUGGCAUCCGAUGAUGGCGGAGGGCUCAGCUGUGGACUCUAGAUGUGGGAUUUGGCGCGCUUCGGUCCCUGCAGCCGCAAAGGGUCGUGGCAUAACAACCAGCGGAAGCGGCGGCUGCACCUGUUGUUGGGCAAAGUGCGACGUACGGCUGGAAUAGGUGAGGGAGGUAUGUUUCUUUCCACGUUGCUUUGCAUUGACCAGUCUGCAGUUCCUGGCCCUGAUUGUCGGCUCGAAACAUCCGAUUCCGACACGCGACUGGCGAACCUGGGUACGCAGUCGCGUUUGCCAAACCGUCCUCUCUUAGCCCGGCGACAACGUCGCCCAUCACCACCCGGAUCCGGGCUCGGAGAGAUGAAUGCCGAACUUGGGCACCAGGUUACUCUCCCGCAUCGCUACAAAGGUUCGCCGUCGCAACGAGGAACUUGGGUACGCGCGCGGUUCUCGUGUUCCACUGUCACAGUCGCCGGUCACUACAUCGACAGUGUAGCAUCUUCGGCGCGGGCCCUGGCUAGAUGAACGAUACACGUUGCCCAGCGGCAGAACUACUUCGAGGGCGGUGGUGGC